GGAGGAGAAGCAAUCAGGGGCGCCCUUAAAGAGCAAUCGCAGGAGUAUGCAGAGUGCAAUGUUUCUGGCUUUCCAGCACAGCCAGAUGGAAAGGAGCGCUAGCAACUGCCAGAGCCACGAAGAGAAAAAAGGGAAAAUGAAGAAGACGCUUAUAAAAGAUUGGAAAUCAAGAUUGAGUUAUUUCCUGCAAAACUCCUCUGGUUCCCCUAAAGCAAAAGACUACAACAAAGGACAGCAAAAGGCUUGCUUCAGGCCCUCUCCUGAGGAGGCUCAGCUGUGGUCCGACGCAUUUGAUGAACUCCUGGCUAACAAAUAUGGUCUUGCAGCAUUCAGGGCAUUCCUGAAAUCCGAGUUUUGUGAAGAGAACAUUGAUUUCUGGCUGGCUUGUGAGGAUUUCAAGAAAACCAAGUGCCCCCAGAAGCUGACCUCCAAAGCCAAGAAGAUUUACAGCGACUUUAUUGAAAAGGAAGCACCCAAAGAGAUCAACAUAGACUUCCAAACCAAGAACUCUAUUGCUCAGAACCUGCAAGAGGCUACUCAUACUUGCUUCAGUGCAGCUCAAAAGAGAGUGUACAGCUUGAUGGAGAAUAAUGCCUAUCCGCGGUUCCUGGAAUCCGAAUUCUACCAGGAAUUGUGUAAAAAGCCGCAAAUCAGCAGGGAGCCUCAAGGGACAUGAACUCCAAGGGCCAUGGAGGAACAGAAGAGCAACAAAGAAAAUGCCACUUCAUCCAUGGAAAAGGAGGACCUGUGCGUCUUUACAGGUUCCAUGGACUUGGAACUGAAUGUACAGGGGAUCUGCCCGAGUAACAUUUUUGUUGUCAAAUGGACAGACCUGUUGACUGUGGCGGGUUUUUAAAAAAAAAACUGAGCGGUGAUAUGAAAAAUGUAAGAGGAGGAGAAGCAAGCAAAACUGCUGGCCGGUUGCUAAGGAAACAUUGUUUUCCGGACAAAAAAGUGAUGCAUUGGGAAGGAAUGUCUUGCACACUACCGAAAUUCUGUGGGUCCUCCAACUCAAUAUAUCAGCCUGGAUGCCCUCUGUGCCAGAUCAGAUUGAGUCUCCUUACAAAUAAAUCAGUCAUUAAGACCUGGGACUGCAUUUUAUAGUAACUCCCUUACUAGGACUUUGGAAAAGGCUCUGAAUAAUUGGCUGCCCCUCAUUUCCCUACAGCCACGGGCAGCACUUAACCCUUGCAUACACUUCUCUCUGGCUUUCUUUAAGCAGGUUCUGUUCUCUGCAGUUUGCUGCGCUGUGUAUAGUUGUAACAGACUUCUGUAGAACUGCUAGACAUAAAUUAAACCGCAACAUUGGAAUUUAAUGCAGAGAGAGAGAGAGGAGGAGGAGGAGGAAUGACUGAUUGAAAAGCAGAACGUGCUUAUGACUUGCUUGGGUCAAAUUCCACUUGUGCAAGGUGGAGCAGGAACUGGUCCAGGCUUUUUAAAAAAAUCAUUUUGUAUAGUGUAUGUGCAUUUAGACUCUGGUUGUGUUGUACACUCCUACCAAUGCCAAAUGUACUGACAAGGCAAACUUCAGGGAAGUUGUGUCUCUUUUUUUGAAUAGCAGAUGUUUUAAUAAAUUUUUAUUUUAAUAGAA